AUGUUAGACACUUUGGGCACCAUACCUUGGCUCUCGGAACGCCAUAGACGCACAAAAUCUAAUCCGACUCAUGACAGCGAUAGUCGUUGGAUAUUUUGUCAUGAGAAGCCUGACAUAUUAGGAAUUCUUGCUUUUGACACAGCUAAGUCAAUGUCUCGUAUAGUCUCUCUAUACAAAUCACUUUCGGAUGCCGAGAUAUUUCGUUUAAGAAAAGAAGUCAUCCGAGAACGGGGUAUAACAUUUUUUAUCUCGGGGGAUGAGGGCUUUCUAUUGACACUUGCUUGUGCCGAACGACUAGAGGACUUGGAUCAAGCUGCUAAUGUUGUGUCACGCCUGGGCCAAAAGUGUUCAGAUUAUGGCUUGAUACGCUUUUUAAAUGUAUACAAGGAUCUUAAGAAUGGGCACUUUGAUAUACACAAGCUAAAUAAUUACGGGUCGAGAGAGAUGGAAAAGUCGGUUGAAAAAAUGGAAAAGUUAAUAUCAUUGACUGGUGAAUUAUAUGGAGAACUUGAAGAAUUAACACAUAUGGAGGCAUCGGAAAAGAAAUUAAAUGAUUGGAAAAAUAAUUAUAGCACCCACAACACAAACUAUGAUCUCUUUGAUAAUAAAAUUUGUAAUCAAAGGAAACUUGUACGUCAUUUGAAGGAAGUUUCACUAUGGAAUUAUUCAUACGACAAGGUUGUUGGAAUCAUGGCGAAAAUGGUAUGUGUGCUUUAUGCUCGAAUUUGUAUGCUUUUUCGGCCUUACAUUUUCAUAUUACAACAAAACAAAACUAUUAACAAAAGGUUAUAUAGUGAUUCAAUACCAAAAACUACAAUGUCAGGUCCGAUUCAUAUCAAUCCAUGCCCGAAAAAGGUACCUCAUAUGCAGUUCUUAAGUAGUGAUAAUAGUAAUGUUUUUGUUAAGGAGGAUGUGAAGUUACGCCUUGCAAUUAGGCAUUACAACUAUCACCUCAUUAACAACAACAACAAGGUGUUCCAGGCAGCCCCUCCAUCAACUGUUGGUGGGUCUGGAUUGGUUUCUAGGUAUGCUAGUGUUGUAUUAUUGGCUGAAAGGUACUUUAACUCGGAAUCUCUAAUAGGAGACCAAGCACGUGAAAGCAUGUACAACAUGUUGCCUUCUAGCCUAAAGAUGUAUGUGAGGUCAAAACUCAGAGUUGCUUGGAGGGAGAUUGAGAAUAAUAAUUACGAUGGUGACGCAUUGACUGAAGGAUGGAGGAAGGCAGUGGGUGACAUGCUAGAGUGGCUUGUUCCGGUGGCUGAGAAAACGAUUAUGUGGCAAGCUGAGAGGAAUAUGGAGAAGCAGAGAUUCGAUUCAAAGCCUACUGUGCUUUUGCUGCAAACUUUGCAUUAUGCGGAUUUGGAGAAAACGGAGGCAACACUUGCAGAGGUAUUGGUUGGGCUAAGUUUUAUAUAUAUGUACGAAAAUCGAAGAAUUUCUUGCGUGGAUACUUCAUAA